UGGAGAGAGCGAAAGUAUUUUUUUUCCGCUACGGACUUUCUUAACCUCGAACAGAUGUCAUGCUCGGUUUACGCGGGUUUCAAACUUCAAAUUCUCUCGUUUUAUUAGGUGGCCUUUUUCUGUGCUUUGUUAUUAUGACUCAGAUAAAACAGAUCUACAAUAACAAUCAGAAACAUACUAGAUAUUUGAACUACAAGCAAUACAUAAGUGAAAUAGAAACAAAAUUGAGAACGGUUAUAAAGUCUAUGAAUAAAUCGUCAGCUUAUGUUCAUCAGUUAAAUGAGAUUCUUUCCAAGUAUCGAGAAAGGGAAUUAAAAAAUAUUUCGACAUCGAGAGCUUCUUUGCUACCGUAAACAUCUUGACCAGAAUUUCUUUAAGUAGACCAUCCAUCAUGUCCAAGAAAAUUAUCUGCCUGUUUGAUAUAGAUGGCACACUCACCGAACCACGACAGGCAAUUAAUUCCAGUGUUGAAAAAUUUCUUCUGGAAACUGUGAAAAAGGAAUUUGAUAUCGCGGUAGUCGGAGGAUCUGACCUGAUCAAAAUCCAGGAACAACUCGGUGACAAAAAUGUAUUUGAGAAGUACAAGUAUGUCUUCGCAGAAAAUGGCCUCAUUGGCUUCAAGGAAGGCAAGACCUUGCCGUCGCAAUCGAUUCAAGAUAUGCUCGGAGAGGAUGCUCUGCAAGAUUUUAUCAAUUUUGUUCUGCGAUACCUGUCAGAACUGAAAUUGCCGUUUAAACGCGGAACAUUCGUUGAAUUUCGCACAGGCAUGAUAAACGUUUCGCCAGUGGGACGAAAUUGCAGUAAAAAGGAACGUGAACAGUUUUACGAAUAUGACAAUGAACAUCACAUUCGGGAGAAAUUCAUACAGGCUCUCAAAAAGGAGUUUCCUGAAUUGGCUCUAACAUACAGCAUAGGGGGACAAAUCUCUUUCGAUGUUUUUCCCAUCGGUUGGGAUAAAACUUAUUGCUUGCGUCAUAUCCAGGGUUAUGACGAAAUACAUUUCUUCGGCGAUAAAACGGCCGAGGGUGGUAACGAUCACGAGAUUUACGAGAGCGAUUUGACGAUAGGACAUCGCGUUACUUGUCCGAAGGAUACGGUGAAUCAACUGAAAGUUCUCAUGGCACUUAUGAAAGAGAACAGAGAGAAGGAACAGCUUAGCGUUCCGAUGCAAUGUAUUUAACAGCCAAAGUCUAAAAUUUAAAUAUUUUUCUAGUUGAAAAUAAGUGCGCACUUUAUUUUUUACUCUGAUACAUAAGAUACGCACGCAAUUUUGUUCUUGCCUUAUUUUAUUUUAUUCACUUUGUUUUUUUAUUCUUUGCAAAAUAUUUAUGUUUGCAAAAUUGAUUACAUUCCUAACGCAAUAAGUAAACAGUAAUACUUAAUUAAUGUAUAAUUUUAGAUACACACACAAGAAGUUUUUGCACAAUUUAUAUUUAUAUUGUUACGAUAUAAUUAUAUUUUUUAUAAGUAUAAUUAUAUUAUUUAAAGUUCCACUUGAAAACAUCUAGACACUGUUUUUUUUUUUUUUUGACACAUUUACACAAAUACAUUGACACAUGCAUUCCUUUAUAAUAAAAAUUUAUUGACUCGUUUGAUAUACAGAAUCUUUAAAAAACCAAACAAGAAAAAUAAUGAAAAAGAUGGUUAAAACAUUACGAUUUAUGCUCGAGAUGAGCGUCACUCGCGCAAAUAUCUUCUAUAUACAUAUACGUACAUACACGUUCACGCUUGCUCGAAUACAUUUACAGGCAUACAAAAUAGUGAACGUUAUUAUAAUUACGUGAUUAACACGGUACUGAUGUAAAACAAAAAUAACAUUUUUAUUGUUUUUAUCAAAAAUCUGUCUGUACACACGUACGCAACAUGACGUAGAAUCGUUUUUUGCCGCUGACGUAAAGAUACAUGUUUACUUUAUAUUAGCAUAUGCAAAUGGUCAAUGAGGUGUACAAGGUUAGUAUCGUAAAAUAUUUGUUUUUCUAAUGCAAUAUCACAAGUUAUAAAUGCGUUUUCAAGUAAAAGUAUAAUUUUCAAAUUGA